AUGGACACGUAUUUGAUCGUGAACGCCGUGCAGCUAGGCUUUACGGUCAUGGCGUUCUGCGAGGGCCGACUGGCAAGUGGCACUCCCACAUGGCUAGUUGGCUGCCACACGCUCUCUCUAGCAGGAGCAUUCAUGUACCUUUUGAUGUCAGUAUGGUUCUCUAUGCACGCCUCCAUCACAGCCAAGAGCUACGAAACACGGCUCCUGACGCAGCUUGUCCGAUUGCCAGUCCCUUCAUGGACGCAGCUAGAAGGUGCACGAACGUAUGGCUCGACAUUUGAGAAGACCAAGACCAACCAGAUGUUCCGAGUGCCAUUCGUCAUGGGAACCCAGCAGCAAGUCCUUGGAGAGACGGCAACGUCAGCAGAAGAAGGGCGAGGCUCAGGUGAAGGCGGUGAAGGCGGUCAAGCCGGUUCUGCAGACCUUUGGGGCCUUGAGGGCCGUGGCGAAGGUAUCUACGAAUUGGAUGGCAGCAUCCGUACGAAUCCUGACGAGCUCCGACAUCUAACUCUUAUCAAGGAAGUCAUGAAGUACUGGCAGUCCUAUGAUGGGUUUGCUCGAGUGGCCAUGAGUAUGGGCACGAAUCAGCUGAUUUUGGGCUUGUCGUACUACGUGAUUGGCUACGUGCUGAUCUCGAACAAGGCCAUCAUGGCCUGCUGGCUAGUCGUUUUACUUUUCAUGGUCAUUGCCACGGCGCUCAUCCGCCUGGACAUGUCCCUCACUGGUCUUGAGUUUCGUGCUGCUGUUGUGCUGGUCUCUGCUGGCCCUGCACUCACUGCCUUUGCAGCGCAGCAAUGGCGUCUUCACACAGUGAAGGGCUAUGAGUUAGUGCACUUGUUGGCACCACUGCCGUAUGCUGCUGAAGCGGCAUGGCUGAUGUUGCUCCUGUACAUCAGCAAGGUAGGGGAGCAGGAAGGUGGGGCAAUGCUGCCAACCGGCUUCCGCUCUGUUAUGUACAUUGAUGUCUUUGGCUGGAUCAAAAGAGCUCGUGCCAAGGAGCACAGUGAAUCGCCGAUUAGUGUCCAAGUCCGCCUUCCCAGCGAAAUUGCGGAAGAGGAAGAAGCGGGCGAGGAAGUUCUGGGUGAGGCAGUUCCGGGAAAAGGUCCAGCCAUGGCAGCGGUGAACUACGAAGGAUGCUUUGUGAAAGGCCCCAAGGCCACCCGCCCAGAGCAGCUUCCAGGCGCUUCGAAGCCUGCCCCGGAGCAUUUGGCCACGAAGGAAAUGUUCGAUCCGACCACCUUCGUGCCCAGAGAGAAGGAUGGGCAAAAGGCAAACCAUGAAGAGGAUAUCCAUCCAUACUUAAAGCCUGGUCUAGUGCCGUGGCGGAUCUUCUGCAGUGCGACUUCAUUGUUGUUGAUCCUUUGGUGGAUCAGUGGCGUGCUGAUUCUUCUGCAGGCAUCCGGUUGGUCAGCACUGCGGGUGUCGCCAUUGCUUCGUGACAGCGAGGAAGGCCCUCAGCCUAUUGAGCAGGGCGCUGCAUUUCUGCUUGAACUGGAAAGCAAAUCUUCUGAGUUCGAGCCGCUGUUGGGUGAGCAGAUCGAUACAUCUUGGCCUCCAGGUGCUUUGCCACGGCGUUUGGCAUGUGCGCCAGACGGCAGCAAUGUGAUGCUGGCAGCAGCUAGCCGCUUUGGGCUUUUCCAGGCUGAACUGAUGCAGAGGAAGAGCGUGGGUGCGAAUAACACAUCCACAGCUUUCCGCUCUGCAGCCUUCAAUUACGCGCCAGCAUGCGAUGCCCUUGAGGGCGAGGCCCUCCAAGAUGUGGCUGUCGCCUGCCGUGGCAAGUGUGCACUGGUGCUGCACCGUCAGGGACAGCGGCUGACCAACUGUGCACUCACACAAAAACCAACCGAACAAACAGCAGCCAUGUCACUGAGUGACGCUUGGCUGGGUGAAGGUGAUGCAGCUGCAGGUGAAGCACAGGAAGAGGUUUCAUCCCUAGCUUUGUUGGAAAACUGCGGCAAAGCUUCAGGUGAGCAGAAUUGCGCCUACGCAGAGACGACCAGUGGCCGGCUGGUGGAGAUGAAGUCUGGCCUUGGAGGCUCGGGGCGGCCUGAUUGGCUGCCUACACGCGUCCUGAUGGCUGAUACACACAGCACCCUACGACGAGGUGGUGAUCUCCACAUUCUGGGCGACCGCUAUUUGGGCAUGCUCGGUGAUGAUGGGACCCAGCUCCAGGUGUUCGACAUUCAGAAUUCAGGCAAAUUGCUGGGACGUUGGCCUCUUCCUGCCCAGAAACGAUGGACAGGCAUGUGCAGUGCUGGCGGCAGCUUGUACCUUCUCGCCGAGGAGCCCCACGCACCCCAGCUCUUUCGCUUUCCAUUGCCGCAAACCCUGCAAUUGGUUUCCAAGAGCAAGCCCAUGGAACAGGCAGCCCAAAAGCCAGCAGCUGCUCUAAAACUAGUGACGGUGAACAAGACCCUGGAGGCGGGAAAUAUGUCAUCGUCAAAGCUUGUGGUCACUGGUGCCAGUGAGCAUGGACACGGGAAGGUUCCCAAUAUUUCAUAUGCGUCAACAAUCGCGAAGCCUACAAACACGACACUGGAGGCGGCUGUAAGUGGAGGCAAGGCCCGGAAGGACCUGCGAGCCCGAAAGCACUCCCUCUCUCAAGGCAUUUUAGCAGCGCACUAG